AGAGAAUCCGCAGCUGCAACUUCGUUGAGAGCCUUUGAGCCCAGGCGCAGCCGGGGAUCGAGCUGCCGUCACCGCGGAGCCGCGGCUUCCCCGGCCCCGGCCUCAGCCCAACCGGCUUGGCCAUGGCAGCUGCCGCCACUGCGGCGAAUCUGGCCCCUGUGGUCCCUGCCCGUCGCUGAGCAGCCGUUAAGCCGCCAGCCCACCCUACAGCCGGAGCCGCCGCGGCCCAGGUUCGGCACAAGUUUCCGCCCCUGAAGAAGCAGGAGGCGAAAGCUGGAAAGGACGGACGCAGGGUGUAGGAAGCCCCUGGCCCACACGCCCGCGAUGUGGGGCCGUUUCCUGGCCCCCGAAGCCAGCGGCCAGGACAGCCCUGGCGGGGCCCGUAGCUUCCCGGCGGGCCCAGAUUAUUAUUCAUCAGCAUGGUUACCUGGUAAUGAAUCAUUGUGGCAGGCCACAACUGUUCCAUCUAACCAUCGAAAUAACCAUAUCAGGAGACACAGUAUAGCUUCUGACAGUGGAGACACUGGCAUUGGAACUUCCUGUUCUGACAGUGUGGAAGAUCAUUCAACUUCAAGUGGCCCGUUGUCUUUUAAGCCUAGUCGAUCACUGGUUACUCUUCCCACUGCCCAUGUGAUGCCGUCUAACUCCAGCGCUUCAAUUUCCAAACAUAGGGAAUCAUUAACAUCAGAUGGCUCAAAAUGGAGUACAAGCUUCAUACAAACUUUGGGAGACCACAGUACGGGGGAGCAGGACUCUUCACUAGACAUGAAGGACUUCCGGCCUCUUCGGAAAUGGUCAUCUUUAUCCAGACUCACUGCCCCAGAAAACUGCAGCCAAGGUAGCACUGUACACAAGGAAGAAUUGAGGAAUGGUUUGGAAAAGACAGGAAGAGGCAAGACUUUAACAUCACAAUUAAGGACUAUUGGGCCUAGUUGCUUACAUGACAGUAUGGAGAUGCUUAAGCUAGAGGACAAGGAAAUAAAUAAAAAACGGUCAUCAACUUUGGAUUGCAAGUAUAAAUUUGAGAGUUGUAGCAAAGAUAACUUCAGAGCCUCUUCCUCUGCUCUUAAGAGACAGACCUUAGAUAUGACAUACAGUGCCUUACCUGAGAGCAAGCCCAUUAUGACAAGCUCAGAGGCUUUUGAAUCUCCAAAAUAUUUAAUGCUUGGUCAGCAGGCAGCAAGUGGAGUUCCCAUUCAGCCUUCUGUGAGGACUCAGAUGUGGCUUACAGAGCAGUUAAGGACAAACCCUUUGGAAGGUAGAACUACGGAGGACUCUUAUAAUUUAGCUCCUUGGCAACAACAGCAAAUUGAAGAAUUUCGACAAGGAAGUGAAACACCAAUGCAGGUUUUGACUGGAUCAUCUCGUCAAAGCUAUUCACCUUCUGGCUUUCAGGAUUUCAGUAAAUGGGAAUCGGUGCUGAAAAUAAAAGAAGGACUUCUAAGACAGAAAGAGAUUGUAAUUGAUCGGCAAAAGCAACAAAUCACCCACCUACAUGAGAGGAUAAGGGAUAAUGAACUACGGGCACAACAUGCCAUGUUAGGGCAUUAUGUAAAUUGUGAAGAUUCUUAUGUGGCUAGUUUGCAGCCACAAUAUGAGAACACUUCACUCCAGACUCCAUUUUCGGAGCAGUCAGUGUUGCAUCCCCAGCAAGAGGAACUUGAGCAGAAGCUUGCAUCUACUGAAAAAGAGGUUUCACAGCUCAAUGAAUUUCUCAAGCAAAGAAUAAACCAAUUCAGUGAAGAGAAGAAGAAACUGGAGGAAAAGCUUAAAACCAGAGAUAGAUAUAUCAAUAGCCUGAAAAAGAAAUGCCAGAAGGAAUCUGAACAAAACAAAGAAAAGCAGAGAAGAAUUGAGACCUUGGAAAAGUAUCUGGCUGAUCUUCCAACUCUAGAUGAUGUACAAAGUCAGAGUCUACAGCUUCAGGUCCUAGAAGAAAAAAAUAAGAAUUUGCAAGAGACUUUGCUAGAUGCAGAAAAAAAGCUCGAAGAGAUCAAAAAACAAUGUCAAGAAAAAGAAGCCCAGUUAAUUUGCCAGAAAAAGAAAGAAAAGGAGUUAGUAUCUUCCUCAAUGCAGGGCAAACUUUCUAAAGAAAAAUUAAACACACAAAAGAUGAUGGAAGAACUGGAGAGGAAAGAGAGAAACCUGCAAAGAUUAACAAAAGCACUGCUUGAAAACCAAAGACAAACAGAAGAGACAUGCUCUUUAUUGGAUCAGGGCGAGGAAGCAGACCAAUCUAGGCAGCAGACAGUUCUUUCUAAACGGCCACUAUUUGAUUUGACUGUGAUUGAUCAGCUGUUCAAAGAAAUGUCCUAUUGUUUGCUUGACUUGAAAGCAUUGUGCAGUAUUCUUAAUCAGCGAGCUCAGGGCAAGGAGCCUAAUCUUUCAUUAUUACUGGGAAUUAGAUCAAUGAAUUGUUCAGCUGAAGAGACUGAAAGUGACCACAGCUCAGAAACACUUGCUAAAAGACUGUCAGAUGUGUGCCAGUUACGGAGAGACAUUGAUGAAUUAAGAACUACAAUAUCAGACCGCUAUGCUCAGGACAUGGGAGAUAACUGCAUAACCCAGUGAUCAAGUGUUGGUCCCACAGCAAUAAUGACCCAUUGUUAAAUGCUGCUGAGUUAGAGUUCUUCAUAUUUCUUUUUAAG